CUUGGUAGGAUUUUUGACUGCAAUAGAUGGUUAGCAGUGGAUGAAGGAAAUGGAAAGGUACAAAAGCAUUUUAAUGUUAAAUUAUUUUAACCAGCGAUUGCGCAUUCUGAUGGUGCAGGAAGAUUGUAAAUUGUAAAUAGAGAGGUUAAGCUAAUGCGAAUCGGGAAUCCUGGGAUUUGGAAAUCCUAAAUACAACUCAGGAGUAAAUCGGAAUCUAGGUAACGAUUGGAAUCUGGAAUCCAAGUUCCCUGACAAGUCAUGCGGAAUCCAGUGGAGUCUAUAAUCAACAUCAUGGAAUCCAGAAUCCAGAAUCCAAGACUGUCUUGGUUGCCUUGCAUGGGGCGACGGAAGACUAUUUCAUGUUUGCUGUGGUUACAUUCAGGGUCGAAAUUUUGAUAGUUUUGCAACUAAUACAGUAAAAUUAGUAGGUAAAAAACAAAAUGGGCUGUUUAGGAGGUUUGAAACUACAUUAACGUUAAUAAUAAUAAUAACUAGUAAUAGUUGACACUACAGCUGCCCCCGCUCUGUAGAUAGUAUUCUUGCUCCCUGUGUAGCUCUUUGAAAUAUACCGACUCAUAAUGAAGAUGUUUACACAUAUUCCAUACAAUAGGUGAGAAAAAUACAGGAAAUAAACGCGAGGUUCCAUGCACAGUUUCGGUUCGAUUUACACAGCUUUGAUCAAAACAUAAUCAUUCUCAGUUUCAAGAAUAGUUUAUUCUAAACCAUAAGAAGAGAUUUUAUUUAGAAGUUUAAUUUUUCGCUAUUUCUAUUUCACUUUUUACAUUUAGUUCAUUUCAUUUGCCGGAAAGUAAGCCUUAGAAAUUAAAAGGACGUUUGAUCAAUUCACGCUUGAGCAUUCUAGUCUUAUUUGAAACUUUAUAGCGGAUGGACAUCUGUGAGCAGGGAAUAAGUCAGCACAGAAUUUGAUGGUCGGCGAAUUUUUGUAAUCGUCCAUCGUUCUGCUAGUGAUAAGCUAGCCGUUGAAUCAUUCACUCGUCUUGCUUGUUUUGGGCCGAGUCUUAUUCCGGUCAAAGAGAGAGAAAGAGUGCCUGGCAAGGUUCAGCUGAAGGUUUCCAAUCAAAGAUUUGUGAACUCGUGUCUGGCAAACUCACUUAGUGUUAAAAUAUACACUGUUCUACGCACCGUAUAACUUCAUCUGCGCUUAACGAGUGUCUUUUGGUCCAUAACUUUCAUAACAACUGCUCCACAGAAUGUCACUGAUAACACGUAACGCAAAAGAGUAUCGAAGUGUGACUACACAAUUAAUGUCACAAAAUCUGCCUAUUGUAAGCUGUUCCUUCGGGAUUUUUUGUGUUUUACGUCAUCCUCACCAUUUCGUACUUGCGGGCGCAAACAAUAGAGACGUCAUCAUUACCUACCGAUUCCUCGCGGCCCCAGUUCGAGCAAAUCGAGAUUUUUUCUGGUAUACUGACUGCAUAUUUGAACUGUAAGUACUGUCCUUAAUAUACGCGCGAGUUACUAGGGUGCCUCCUCGGGAUUUCGCCUCUGGGCGAAAUCCCUGCGGGGGCGAUAACUUUAUUAAUCUCCUCAAAAAGGCUUUUCAGCUUAAUUUACAAUGUCNCGGGCAGAACAAAAUUUGAAAAACAGUGCCAAACAACGGCAUUGCACAGUUGGGGUGUGGCUGUAUUUUAAACACUGAUAUUAUGGUUAGGGGGCGGAAUUUCAUAUUCCACCCACUUUCACUCCGCUCCCCCCCCCCCCCCGCCUUCUUGAGAGAGUUAUCAGGUCAUCGUCGUAGGGUUUAUUACCAACAGCUCUUUGUCCCCAGUAAUUAUUUGUAGACUUGGUCCCGGUUGUACAACGUUGGGUAACGCUAUUCACAGGAUAAAUCACCAUCUACAAUCCUCGCCAAAAAUUCUUGAAACACCUGUGCACUUCCCUUUCCCUCUGCAAUGUUCAGAUGUGAUUGCAAAGUAACGCGGACACAACAACAUUGCAAAAGGGAUCGGGGAAACUAAAGGGAAAGAAAUUUGCCAAAGUGUUUCCAAGGGUUUUGUCCGAGAUUGUAGUUGAUAAGUGUUAGGGAAACUAAUUGCGUUAUCCAGUCAUUUACGUGGGGUAUAAAGUUAUCCAUCUUUUGAACAAUUGGUGCUUGGGUAGCAGGCACAAAGUUUUGUCCAAUUUCUAGCCCAAAGAAACAUCAACGACAUGGCUAACGGACCUCCAGAUCUAAAGUCCCACGCCUUUUGGGGUUAGAAUGAUUACUUGAACUAUUUUGUCAUAGUCCAUCAGGAUAAUUGAAUGUCUUGUAUUAUUUCUCCAGGUUGAGUGCGAGCUGUUACCAAACGGAAGUACUUGCAACAGUAGCUUAAAAAAGGUUAUUAAAUCACUAGGAAUAAAUUUGAUGGGUUUUUAGGUAGUAACUGGGUGACUAGGGAUCGUUAUACGUUUCUGGGAAACUGCCCACCUACCCAUCCCCUAAGCCAACAUUAACACUUACUUCUCCCUUAGGGCAAAAUGGUGGCUUAGGGGAGGGGUAGGUGGGCAGUUUCCCAGAAAGGCAUAAUGAUCCCUUUUUUGGUAGUAGCUUUGUUAAUUUUAGUUUUUGUAUGUUCUUCUGCAAACCACUAAAGAAUGGAAUUCUGGUUGAAACUAGUUAAAUUUAAUUUUUGCGAAAAGGUUAAAUAAAGACAUUACAAUGUAGCAUGUUUUGUUGAGUCAAAAAGUGGUGGUUAGAAAGGGUAGUUCUACACCUUUUUUUGAAUAAUAGACUCUUUGGCUUGUACGUUUUGUAUUCCCAUUGUAGGUCAUGCAAUAUUCAUGUUUAUAUGUCCGCGUAAUUUUGCCAAAUUACCGAAAGACCCCCUUUUGGAAUACACAACGUACAAGCUAAAGAGGUUUGUUGUUGGAAACGUUAAGUAAAUGACUUUUGUAAAUGUAAAAUAGCCGAGACUGUGGUUGUGGUCAACGUUCAUCACUCUCACUGUAGAAUCAAGUACAUUAUUACUUUUUUUUUCCUUUCUUCCUUUUUCUAUUGUAAAAUUUGGCAAAAUAUAAGUUUUCUGGAAUUUUAACGAAAGAAAACGUAAUUUAAAAAAGUUAACUACAACAUGUCUCAUUAAUCAUUAAGGGUUAUCGAUGGGCAAAAAUGAGCGACAUUCGAAUUUUCAACUUAUGCCACAAAAAGUCGAUUUCGUUCUGUUAUAAAAAAUGACUGUAAAUGUAGUUGUGGUCAACUUUGAUCACAGGCACUGUAGAAUCAAGAACAUAACUACUUUUUCUUUCUUUCUUUAUCUUUCCUUUCUCUCUUUUUUUAUCGUAAAAUGUCGCUUUUUUUUCAGUGCUUUUCUCAACACAUCACAAAGAGCUUUGUAGACUACCACUUGUGGAUAUCGCUGUUGGGUCGGCCAUCGUACAGCCGUUUUACGCGCCCACAGGUGAGUGAAACGACAUAUAAAUUUAAAUACUGUUAAUUUGAGCAUUAUCGCUACAACCAGUUGCAAAAGUACUUGAGACACUGUGCCGUAUUUUGGCAUAAAUGGCCUGUCCGUGAUCUUGUGCUUGUGACCCCCCUCCACCCCUUAUCAAAGUUGCUAGCAAUACAAGACCAUACUCAAAACUUGGAGGAACAACUUUGAAUGGGAGGGAGGAAGGAGGUCAUUAUUAUAUCUCACAGACCUGUGACCAGGAGCGAUUUGAAGCAAGAAAGGUCGUUUUUUCGUGGAAGUGUCUCAACAUUUUUGCAAGUGGUUGUAGCUUGAAGUGGGUAAAUGGCUGGGUAUUUGUUGUGGCGAAGUAUACUGUGGGGCUGUUUCUGGAGACGCAUUUGGACCAAAUAAUAGCCAAUGAAAGAAGUAAGGGCGAUAAUGUAAUCUGCACAAUCCCAUUGUGCAGGUUACAGACGCUUCUCAUUCUGUUUAAAAUGAGGAACUACAAUCGGCGACAAAAUUAGUUGAGACUUUUUGACCGAAAGGGCGACUCUGACGUUUUGCCAACUUAAAAAGAGGAAAAUAAAGCUUUCUCUUCCGUACCCUCGCCAUUCAAUGUUGUGCCGCUGUUCGAGCUACCUGUAGAAAAUAACGAACACCCCAACUUUGAGUUUUUUUGUUCUCCGAAGUUAUCCCAUUUGAAGACAAUUUGUCAACAAUUUUGACGCCGAUUAUAGUACAAAUGGAAAAAAACAUGUGUGCAUCGCCAUUUGGAUCAAGUUUAACACUUACCGCGUAAAAAUCAAACUCCAAUUUCGCUUUUGUCUUUUACCUGCUAUUUUCAAAAGGUCUUAGGACUUCUACUGCUAUCGUUGUAGACUGUGAACGCAAGCCGCGUAAAAGUGCUACCUCCGUAAAAUACCGUAUUCGCACACAGGGUUCCCACGCACCUUAAAAGACGUUGAAUUUUAAAAUAAAAAUUCAAGGCCUUGAAAGUUCUUGAAAAUUGUAGUCGGUGCUGGAAACUCCUUGAAAAUCCGUACUACCUUUACCCAAUCCAGAUUCUCAAGUAACUAAAAGGAGCAAACACGGAAAGACCCUCAGGAUAAAGUUGCUCAUGUUUUGGAAGAACUGAAAAAGACAUAGAUUGAAGGCUCUUUUUCGCACUGAAUGGAGUCCUUGGAAAAUGGGAAAUGUGUUCUUGAAAGUCCUUGAAAAGUCCUUGAAUUUUUUCGUUCAAAAAUGGGUACGUACCCUGCGGGCGGUACAUUCGUCGCAGUUCGUUUUGGUAAUGUUUGUUUUUGUUUUUGUUUUUGUUUUUUUCUUUAUCUUUUUAGCGUCUAACUUGCUGCUGGUCUUUGUUACUGAGUUUCCUGUGUGUCAACAUUGCCUGGUAUAGACCCAGGUCUGAGGUAUGUUAUUUUGAGUAUUCAGUGUUUUAGUGAGUGCAGCAAAUUCGGUUAUGGUCAGCUUGUCUGCAACUAAGUUACUUGUUACCAGGUUAUAUCCUCAGUUCAAUCACAUUAAGUCGUUGUAACGUUUGAGUCUAUUGGUGAAAUCCUAAAGUGUGACCAUUUAAAUGAAAGCUACUGAACAGUACUUUCCUGUGGUACUGUUUAUUAUGCUGUACACGGUGGUUCUAACUUUUGAGUCUGUGGGUGAAAUCCUUUAAAUGACAGCUACUGAGCAGUACUUUUCUGCAAUGCUUUUGUUUAUGCUCUACAAGAUGGUUCUGACUUUCGAGUGCUAAGAGAAAAUCCUUGAGUGUGACCAUUCAGUUGAAAGCUACCGAACAGUACUUUCCUGUAGUACUGUGAGGUAUAUACUUAAACACAGAGUUAACCUAAAACAGCAAUAUCCUUGUGACAUAGCCCCUUUAACAAACUGUUUCCCUAGGAUCUCCUCUCCAAUUUGUCUCAUGAGAUACCAACGUUUCUGAGGUGCCUUUACGUUUGUCUUUCGACCCCUUUCGUAGGCGAUCUUUGUUAUCACUUGUCUUGAUAUCUUGCCUGAGGUUUAGUCACCUCUCUAGCGUAUGGCAAGUAUAAUAUAUACAACUCAACUCUUUGUUUUAUGUUUCUGCUUUCAACUUCUGCCAGGUUCCUGAAGUGCUGGGAAUUUUGGACCUCAAUAUAGAGAGCAUUCUGGUUGGGAUCAUGUGCAGUGUUCUUGUACUACCCGUUAAUCUGUUAUGGAUCUUCCUCUUCAGAUACAGUAGGGUAAGUAGUCCUUUUGUCGCGUUAACAAAUAGAUUACACUUAAUGUAAGUGAACAUGAUCUUCGCAGUAGAAUAAACAAGCUAAAGUAAGCUGUUGAAAAAGAACCUGAAAAAUUUCAUGCUUGACGGGGAUUCGAACUCCGGCCUUUGCGAUUACCGGACGCAACGCUCUAUCCAUUAUCCUCCGUCCAUGGGCGCAUUCGAAGUAUAAGAUCAUGAAUGAGGAAAAAAAAACUUCAUCAAAAGUCCAAAAAUACAUUUUAAAAUCUGUAGGUUUUGCUGACUGAUUUGUGGGACGUACGAGAUAUUUUAAAUUCGCGCCAAACACGUUCUAAAAAUAAACUGUUUAGUAAAACGCCGUGACACAAGUAAAGUUGCUUUCUACAGGUUAUGGGCUCGUGAAACCAGGGUCAAGCGCAACUUGCCACGCAAUAGCAGUGAAGAAAAGCUAGCUUUGUGCUUGUAGCUGUUAGAAGAUUUGUUUCUAAUUGCGGCGAGUUUGUCGCUUGGAGAUGGAGUAAUCUGUUGCCCUUUUGGGUUCACUCGGAUAAUUCUGCAUGUUGUAUAAUUCUUUUUUACUUCUUCAGAAUUUAUCCUUUUUAUUCAUUUUAGCGGUCAUUUAAACGCCGUGUGAAGGUUUAUCCAAUCAGCGAGCAUCAGACAGAGACGUCUGAACUUCCUUCUUCAUCAGGUAUUUUGUGAGGGUUUGGGGUAACUGACCACCUACCCCUCCCCCAAGUCAACAUUAGCACUUACUUCUCACUUAGGGAAAAAUAGUGACUUAGGGGAUGGUAGGUGAUCAGUUAACCAGAAACCUCAAAUGAUCCACUGAUUUGUGUAUUUCUUUAGCCCCUUCACUUGUUAACUACGUUAUCGCAAGAUUAUUUGUCGCUAUAACGUUUCAAUCUAUGGAAAAAAUCCUAUGGUGUUACCAUUCAAAUGAAACCUCUUCAGCAGUACUUUCACAUGGUACCAUUCAUUUAGUAUGUUGUUCUAACUUUUGAGUUUGUGGACCAAAUCCUAUGGUGUUACCAUUCAAAUGAAACCUCUUUAGCAGUACUUUCACAUGGUACUGUUUAUUUAGUCUGCUCUAACUUUUGAGUCUGUGGAUGGAAUCUUGAGGUGUUACCAUUCUAAAGAAACCUCUUCAGCAGUACCUUGUGAAAUGAAACCUCUUUGGCAGAGCUUUUGAAUGGUACUGUUUAUUUGUAGGGAUUUUGGAGGAUAUUGCUGUUUUGGGUCAAUUCUGUCCUGAAGUCGUUACUUAGUGCCUUAACUCAUACACGAAAUGCUCCUGUAGCGUUAUAAAGAAACAAGUUUCACCAGGGAGCACUGACCAUAUUAAGUUUUUUGGUGAUUUUUGCAGUCACAUCAUUAAAACUGGAUAAAAUUGGCCUAACGUUAUCAAGUUUGAAUCCAUAUCCAUCCUUGCCAUCCGCCGCAACAGACGCCAGAGAACAGAUUUAGUGCCUAAAUAUAGUCUUAAGUAACAAAACUGAAGCAUUAUUUUUGGAAUUCAAUUGAUACGAAAAACGUUUAAGCUUUAAAAAAGAUAGCAAAUAGCGUGACGUAACCCCUUCAAAUAAACGUAGUGGGUAAAAACAUUUUCAAAUGGAACAGGGAUCUUGGUUCAUUCAGCUUUCCUUUCUUCUCGACAGUCGAGUGUAGAAAGGUUCCAGCUGAAUUGAGAGCCAGCCUGGGGGAGCCUGGACCCUAUAUCAGCCCCAGGCUUACAGUAAUAAAACAGUUUUCAGUUUUUCGAAGUUAUCGUUGUCAAAAACUGUUGUACACUUUUCUUUCUCAAACAUUUCUUUGCUAGCUUGCACUUUUAGGUCAAAAAAUUAUAUUUCUGUUACAUUAGAAAGGCUUACUUUUAUAAUGAAUUCGUCAUUUUAAAACCGAGGAGGAAAAACUGAGCCGAGUUUACUUUCGCAAAGACGUCUAGUAUUGUUACUUGGGACAGAGAAGAAAAUUGGCCAAUAGCUGACUGGCGCGUCCCCAGUUACGAUCCCACAAACACUUGCGGGACGCAUUUCGGCUCCAGUUCCUUUUUCGUUUCUAAAGUGGCGGAUUGAUGUACGAGUAAAUCUUGAUACAGAAAUGUCCUCGUUUACUUGAAGCCUUUUUUCCUUGGUUUCAGUGCUGAGGCUCGAUAAAAUCUUCGCGCCAGAUCUCUGUAAUAGGGAUUUUACUAUCCACGACGCGCCGGCAGCGAAAACGUUGCUUCAAAAAUGAAUUGGCGUUCUUUUGGUCUUUAUUGCGAUUAUUCCAACUCACAUACUUUGUCAAAAGUAGGUGAACCCUCCCGGAGUUGAAUUUCUUAGAACCAUAUUCAAGUUUUAGUUUACGUCCUCCUUGAAAAGUAAAAUUAGGCAUUUUCACAUCGUAGUCGUGCAAAAACGGCAAAGAAAUGUACAAAUAAGUGAGAUGCACGUGCAGAGUUGUUGUUUUGCCUACUAAACCUACUGUUGUUUUUGACGUUCUCGUUGCCGUCGCGUUGUGGGAUCUUAAAGUCUCCAGUAUUUACCGUUGCUCGCUUGUAAUCGCUUUUACAGGUCUACUGCUCAUGCCUGUAUUUUAACUAUGAUAAAUAUCAAUCACAUUUUCAACUUCUUAUUCUUUUUUUUCUCUCUCUUUUGUCCUUAGUGCUUGACCAAUCCCUAGAAACUGUUCUGUUCUUGAAGAACAUUGGAGAGAGGCGGUGGCUUCAAACUUCACGAGGGAUUGUAAGAUUGUCCUUUAAUUUUUGUUCUUAAAUAAUAAGAAAUUUCUUUAUCGGUGCUGUUCAUGCAGCAACACGAACAUUGUUCAGAACAAUAGGGGGGGGGGGGGGGUGGCGUGUUCAUUGUAAUGUGGAGUUCAAAUAGGCUACUAAAUAACGCAAUUUUUGUCAUUUCUAGCAUUCACCAACUGGCCUUGGAGGUAAAAGGAAAAAGCAAAAUAACCCGGUUUUAAUCUAUCCGUACAAGAAGAAAAAACAAAACAGAAUUUUACACAUUAAUAGAUCCCCGAGUAGUAAUAGGUGCUCAUAUAUAAGGGUAAAGGUUUGUUUGCAGUGGAAAGUGCACUUAGCUUAUCCAGCUAGUUUACAGGCACUCCACUUCAAAUACCUACAAACAAUUAAUAUAAUAUAACCUAACAAGAUAAAAAACCUCAACCGGCAGGAGGCAACCAGUUUGCUAUUUACUAGGAUGGACGAGGGCUUGAUUACGGAACGACCGAGAAAAAAUCCAGCAAUUGGCCAGAACGGGACACGAACCGACUCGGGCGGGGCCGCUGGAUUCCGGGUUCGACGACGCGCUGACCACUCGGCCACGCCGCCUCAUGCUCCCUCUCCCCACCCAUCGUCUUCCCAGUCACCUUUUAUGGGCCUUUAUGGCGACAUAUUUGUUAAGUCCAUGAUACUGUGUGAUAAUAGUGAACUUACGCAACAGGACGUGAGAGAAAAGAAGACGGCAAACCUUGUGUGACAAGCGUGACAAUAAUUUUGUUGGAACAAAAGUUCCUUCAAACUUCACUUUCCUUUAAACAGAUUUAUUCGUUAAUUACCAGAAAACAUAUCGUUAAGUGAAGAUAACGACAAAACAUGCAAGCAAUAGCCCUGUCGCGUUUGUCACACACAAGCGUUUUGCUGUCCUCUUCUUUCUGCCGCCUUGUUACGUAAACUCACUAAUGUGCCGCGAUCACCUGCGAUAUAGCCGCCGGUAAUGCCUGGGAUACUGUUGCGAUUUAAAAGAGGCCAUGCUAGUCUUUACCGCCGGCAUGCAUGCGAAGUUAAGUCGAUAUCAACUUGGCUGGCGUGCCAGCGGUGAGGACCAUUCAAGUUUCUUGUUGCUGGCGUUGUAUAUUCUCAUAUUUUGGAACAGUAUAGGCGAAUCUCUGAUGACGUUAUUGUUAACAUUUUUUGAUCAUGAGCGUACGAGUUUACCCAUGAAAGGCGUCACCGUAUGCACAAUUGAAUGCAAAAGUUGAAAUAGUUAGUUAAUUUGAGCAAUUUGUGCAAUUUUCCGCUCUUUGCAAGUAACAAUUCAGGAAAAAGCAGUCAUCGAAAGCUGAGAAAUUGCUGGGGGAAAAAAAACGUUAAUGGGCUCAUACAUUGUUUAUAAAGUUUUGAGUUUUUUAAAUUUUUCCGAAACUAUCCGUAUAUCGGGUUCAAAUUUUUACAGAUAACUGAAAUUGUUAUGCUCUUUUGAUAUUGUGUUUUUGAUAGCUUGAUAAGAGAAUGAAAGGCAUAGGCUAAUGAAGAAAAAAACACAAAGAUUCGCCUAUAUAUACCAGGCAGUUCCGGCGGCUAUGUCGCAGGUAGAUUGGCGGAAAUAUGAGAACCGGGCUUAACAACAGGUCUCUUGUUUCAGGAUGCUGAGCUGUCCACUAAAGAUUCCCUUCUCUGUCAUCCCGGUGAUUCCCUUAGGCGCCGUUCUACCACCGCCUUGGAGUCUUCCUCAGGUGCGUGUCAUUGAAACUCAUGACAAACGACGUAAAAAACUUAUUACCAGGGGUUAAUUUAAUAAAGCUUUUACAAGUGUAAUUUACAAGUAUAGCCAUUGUUUUCAGACUCUAAAACAAUGGCUACUCUUGUAAAUUGAAUGUGUAAAAGUUUCAUCAAAUUUAAGCCCAUCCUUAUGCGCCACUUCCACAUUUCCCAUCAUGCACCUUAUUUGCUCUCCAAAAUUUUGCAUAACCUUUGUCUUUCAUUUCUGCUGGGUAUUACAGCCGUCCCAAUAGAAAUUGAAAACAAUGCUUAUGCAAAAUUUGGGGGGCAAAUGAAGUGCAUUGUGGGAAAUGUAGAAGUGGCGUAUAGCGCACGUCACCACUUAAUAAACGAGAGGGGAACUGGAGCCGAAAUGUGUCCCGCUGGGAUCUGGGAUCUGGGAUCGUUACUGGAAACACGAAGGUCAGCUAUUGGUCGGUUUUCGUCCCUGGCUCUAGUAACAGUCCCAGAAGUCUUUGCGAAAAAAUAACUCGGCCCAGUUUCCCUCUCAAGUGUCGAACAGAGAGUAAGGACCUCUUCGUUUUCCGUUUGCCAAUGUAGGACAUGUGAUGUUAUUCUUGAGACCUAUUUUUUCACUUUUGUCUCAGUCACGUGCAUAUGUGCACAUAAUUUAUGAAAAGAAAAAGAACAAAUUUAUUUUAGGUAUCACGUGACCUACAUACAUCCCACAUCAAAACAUAAAAGCAGAAGAGGUCUAUUAAUGUUUUGAGGUAGCGCCAGAUCAUCCGACCGGCUUACGCGCUAGAAAUUAAGAGAUAAAAAAGGAGUUGUGCCACCAGAUUUAUCAAAAACCAAACAGUGGGAAGUGCCGCCAAAUUUAGUGACAAUUUAAAAUAACCGCUCGAAAAGUUAAAGGAAUGUAUAAGUAACACAGCAAAUAGAAAAGGAAACAUGGAUGGACAAACUUAAAGAAGAUUGAAACGGAUUGUAAUUGUGGUUUUUGAAAACUUGUGAGCCUAACAGUUUUUCAAAGUUCAUUCGUGUUGUUUGUAACUAUUGAUAUAUUGAUAUGCUUGGGAGACAUAUUUUGUUUGACACCAAGCUGUGAUUUUGUUAUUCACAGACCGUCCACAGGUAACUUCUCAAGUUUUAAAGCGAGUUGGCACGCAUAACUCGCAUUGUCGACAAAAAGAACUAGACAGCUAUGACAGAGCCCCUUUAACCCUAAGAGUGAUCAGCAUCAAAUUUCUCCUUGUAAUAUCAAUGCUUGUAAAACAGAGUGGUCAUGACAAUUACGGAACGUCUCCCCAUUAUUUCGGUAGGAAAUGAAUAGGGGCUAAAAAUGAGAAUUCAAAGUUUGAUCUUAGGGUUUAAAGGGUAAAGAUCUGAACAGUUUUUAAAACGUAAUUUCUCUGAUCCAUUGGAAAAUUGUGAUCGGUUUGUUAAACGAAUUCGUUUUCUGUAACAGAUGGAAUAAGCCUUGGCUACAACACAGGAAACGACAGCUUAAGCUCGAAUCCACAUUUGCCAAUUACAAGCGCCGGCCUCACCGAGACGGUUGAUUUCCUCGCUGCGCUGGCACCCACUAGAAAAAAGCUGUCCGUGGACUUGGAAAAACAAAGCGUCGUCAGCGUCUGCGUGUCAACUACAGCGUCGGAGGGCAGGGGGCCGUACUAUUCAAGGUUCAAUCUGCCGCAUGUCUGUAACUACGUAGCUUGGUUCGGGUGUCUGCUGACAGGCGGUAUUGCUGGUUGGUUCACUAUAUGGUUUGGUCUAAGGUAGGUGAAGAAUUUACACGAUAUUAGGGACUUUAAGCAAACCGCAACGGCGACCUCUACAACGGCGGUCAAGGAUGCGGAGUCCUUGAGAAAGUACGUCACCGUAGCCAGGCAAAUUUCAACUUUAAGGAAGCGGCACCCAAACAGUGACAGCAUGGUUUCCCCUGGUAUUUGCUUUCGCUGUUGGUAAAACGAAAGGAAGACGUAAUUACUGGAAAACCAGAAGUGUCAAAUACUGUCUUCAUAAAGAGAAAAACAAUCUAUGAUAGGUUUUAAAACCAGUCCGUGAUGGUAAAAAAUAGGUCUUCACGUUCUAGGAUUUGGCGCUACGCGAAAGAUCAUUUCCACGCAUGCGCACUGCGUCGUUUUUGGGCUUUUUAACUUCCGGCCGCCGUAGGUCCCUAUUAUCAACGGAUCACUAUUACGAAAUUUGUCGCGAAUUUUUCAUUAUUUACAAAAUUGCGUUGGUAACGUUCAGUACGUCUCUUGGCCAAGUCAAGAUGGCUUCAAGGAUUUAAAAUGCUAUGAAUUAAAAUAUCACGGCGUUAACAGACCCUUUGAAAACCUAAACGCACGAAAGAGCACAUCAAGAAGGAUUCUAUCAGGUACUUUGUCGAUAAAUUCUGAGAAUUAUGGACUUGAGCCAAAAUUUAAGCUGUAUUCUUUUCAGUGCUUAGAAUUCUCGAUCGGUACAAUAAACGUGCCGAAAACCCACAAUUCCUAAUUUGGACAUAACGCUCGUGAAAUUAUUCCCUAAUUUCACCCGUCACCAUUUGAUUGUACACGCUAAUCUGUAAAGAAUCCACACUAAGUUUUUGUCGAGAGUCUUAUUUAUUUUCUCCUUUUUCAAUUUUCGACAACUUUUUAACCGAUAAUGUCAUAAUACACAGUAGUUGAUGAAUUCAUAGAAAGACCACCGCCCUGACGGCACUCUCUAUUAUCUCCAGUCUUCCUCUGUCGUAAAAUGAAAAAGAACAGCACCCAAUUUUGGCUACAAGAAUUACUGAGCGUUUAUAUGCCCUAAGAGUAUUACUGAGGAUUUAUUGUCCUUCAAAGUCCUGUUCUUGGUGGUAGAUGAUCCUUAUUCUUGGUUUGCAACCACGUGACAAGGCGGCCAUGUUGGGGGUCAAUACAAUAGAAUUUUUUUUUCUCGAAGCAUUUACAUAAAAAUAGAGUUUAGUUCAGAGAAGUUAAAUGCUUUUGUUCUUGACCACCAACAAUGCCGCUGUGGCGUCACAUGCAAACGAGCAAUGUUUUUUUCCCCCUCUUUCUUGCAGUUUUGGUCCGGACAUGUCCAUUCGAUGGUUGCAGUCUCUGUGUUUCUCCCUGCUGGAGUCAAUCCUUAUUUCUCAACCGAUCAUGGUACUCUUAUUUAUUUUCUUGAAUUUGUUUGCUUUAUUCGAUGGCGCUUUUUCUUCUGAGUGUUGAAAAAGCUAAGUCCCGAUUACACGAGCAAGCGUCCUUGACAAGGAAACAUUUGCUUGUGUGUAUGACAAAAAAAUUGAACAAGUUUUAUCUUCGCUAUGGUUAAUGUACCUUAAGAGAGAAAAAGCAAUCCCGAAGUGAACUCGAAGUAAAUGUAGGAAGCCAGUAACAAAAAGCGCGGGAAAAAGCGUGCGGAUUGUUUUUGGACUUUACACUGAUUGGUGAAUAAUAUGGCGUGAGAUUUGUGAUCCAAUCAAAAAGCGAUCGCCGAAUCACUUUUCUUACUGAAAACAGCUGUGUAGUUUCAAUGCUUGAUGAUUCUUCAAGUUAAGUUUGAUCUAUUGAUUAAAAUUUGGAUGGUUAAGCGUUAAAAACAUGGGUAAUCUACCGUUUAGGUCUUUCUCUACAAUAGACGUUAUUCACGAUACCCGCCAUCUUACACACGCUUAGGGACUAGUAGGAUAAAAUCAAUGUCACGUGGUUUUUCGGGGGCGGGUGUGCAAACAACUGAUAAAAUCUGCCAAUAUGGGGGAAACGCGGUCGAGGUUGUUUUUUCUAGACAACAAAAAAAAAGAAGUUUUAAUCUUAAAGGCGAUAAUGAGAAAUUAUGGGUGGAAGUGUUCAUUGCUACUUUUUUAAAUGCAGUUACGACCGUAAAUGUCCUCACAGCAAGCAAUAAUGACUCAAACUGUACAUUUUGCAAGACCAAAAUCGUCGUCUCGUUUUUGAGACAGAGAAUAGGGACUUUAAGAUCCAACGAAGCGACGGCAACGAGAACGUCGCUGAAAAAGUGAAUUUGCGUUCUUUCAGUCUUUAUCGCGCGAUUACUUCUACCCACCUAGUUUGCCAAAUGUAAGCGAACCCUCCUGAACUUGAAUUCCAAGGGACCAUAUCCAAGUUCAGAAAGAGAAAUAUAUUUCGUCGUUUGUUGUUUACGUUCUCCACAAAACGCAAAAUUAUGCAUUUUCACGUCGUAGUCGUGCAAAAACGGAAAAGAAAUGUACAAAAAAUUGUGACGCAUGUGCGAAGUUGUUGUUUUGCUUAUUAAACCUAUUGUUAUUUAGACGUUCUCGUUGCCUUCGCGUCGGUGGAUCUUGAAGACCCUAACGUUUUUUCGAUCUUUGGCAGGUUUUGCUGUUUAUUUUGUUAAUGGCACGUCGGUUACAAUUGAGAAAAGAGGAAGAAUCAGAUGAAGGCUUCGAGGAUUUGUCAACAUCCGCUCUGCACGAAAUACACUAUGGACACGUAAAUGAAGGAUUUAAGGACGAAUCCAGCAGAUCAGAAAACGAUUUAGACCCAGUAAGUAAUUGA